ACAUCACGGCAGAUGUCCUAGUGUGAGGACUUAGUCAUGGAGCCAUCGCGUUGAGGUUAGCUUAAAGGGGUUAAUCAGGACAAAGGACACGGGGAGUUUAUACUGGUUCGUCCCCUUACGACGAAGGUAAAAGCCUAGCCCAGUUUGCAGUUGGUAUUGCUAGGAUUUCGAUGAACAGGGAGAGAAUACGCUUGACCCGGCUCUCGAUCUCUUGUUUCUUGUCCUAAGCCGCCGCUAGGUCAUCCCCUUAUAUACACGGGUUGAUGCUCUGCGGCCUUCAGAGUCCCGACCGGCUUAUACAACAUAUCUGUCUCGGUGACCUUUUACAUAUGCCUUACAAUACAAGUUUACAUUCAUGGCGGUUUACUCUCAUGGGCCUUAAGCCGCCUUCGGGUCUGGGCCCUCUACUGAGCCUAUCUAUGAAGCGCCACGUGACCUUGGGCUUCAUUGUGAUGAAUCUUUAUAGGGAUGACCCAGCCCCUCCUGGCCGGGUCAUACCUAACAGUUAUAUCCCCAACAUUAGGCCCCAGGUUGACUUUGACUUUGUUCUUGUCAACCUUCAAGACUUAGAAAAAUCCUUCUAUCUCUGUUGUAAAAAACCUCGUAACCCGCCAUGACGUCAUCUUCAGGAAUUUCGGAAAGUCGCCACGACGUCAUCUUCAAUGGAUCUUUACCUUUAUGUCUUCCCAAAAAUCGAGGCAUUCGUUUAGCUAGAUAACCAUCAUUCUACCUCCUCGUUUUUUGCGCCUGCUUGUUUCCUGUCUCCUUAUAAAUAGGACCCGAAAACUAUCCUCCAUUCUUCUCCUUCUCCUUCCUUCCUCACAACGCACCGUCCCGCACAAACCCUGCCGCCGUCGACCUUCAUCCUCGUCUUCGACUCCGGCCGCUGCAUCGCCCUGAGUAGAUCAGAAAACCGCAGCACCACCCCGCUGUCUGAACAACAUUGGUACGCUUUCUGUUCUUCAUCAUGGAUCCACCAUUAGGGUUUGUUAGUGCUCCUCGGUGUUCAUCAGUGUUCAUCAGUGCCCUACCUUUUUCUUUGUUUAUAUCCAUAGAUUAGAUCCAAAAGCUAUAGGAGUCUUGCGCGGUAGCAGUUUCAGUACUUGUUUUGAUACUAGAGCAUAACCUCAUCGCGACAGAUCUUCUCUAGGGCUCCCUUGUUCUUCCUCUGUCACUUUUUUGUAGAUGAAUUUAUCCCCCUUUUUUGGAACAGCGGUAGAUCCAAAUUUAUAACCUCAAUCUGCAGAAUUUGUUUGUCCCAAUACUUAGCAAAUUUUGUUUUUUGGGAACUCUUGAAUAUCUUAGUCAUGGCGGCUUACCCUGCCGGCUUACCUUUCCUAUAUAUAUCAUUAGCCCUUGCUUAAGCCGCCAUUAUACAUUGUAAUUGUUUAACUUGCAAUCCAUCAACUGACUUAAACCAGCCAAUUAUUUUCUUUUUAGACUGUCCUUUCGUCAUGCCGCAGAAGACAAUGACAACUUGCAAUUGGGUUCCUUCCACAGUCACUGAAACUACUUUGAAAGACUUUGUCACUGUUGGAUACUUACCGGAAAAAGUGUCAUGUCUUACCAUGCUCCUCACCCGGCUGAAGUGAAACCUAAGCCGAAGGAUGGUGAAAUUAUUGUUUUCACUGACCACAUGAACCGGGGCUUCUCACCUCCUGGCUCAAAAUUCUUUAGAGAUGUUUUGUAUUUUUCAAGCUUCAUCCGCAAGAUAUCGGACCCAAUUCUGUGUCAAAUAUCUGCAACUUCCAAGUUUUCUGCAAGGUUUAUCUUCAAGAAGAACCUACUGUGGAGCUUUUCAGAGAAUAUUUCUACCUGAACCGCUAGAAUGAAUACACCAACGGUCCCAUCUUAGAACUUGGCGGGAUUUCAAUUCAACACAGACGACAUGCUAUCUUCCCUCUACUAGUUCUGCCAAGCCAUCCCAAAGACUGGAACCAAACAUGGUUUUACUACAAAGAUACCUCGCCGUCUGAUGAAAAUCCAAUGUUGGGUUAUCGAGCUGAUCGUCUUGACGCAAAGCACGCACUCCCUGACAAACUUAAUGUCGCCAAACACAAGAAACUUGUCCCAAAAAUCAGAAAAGUCCAAGAUUUAUUAGGAAACAGCUUAACUGGAGUUGAUUUGAUCCGCUGUUGGAUCGCAUGGCGGGUCAUCCCUCUGAGCUGCCGAUCCGGUUUGAUGUGUAACUACACCGGAGGAACAGAUGAUCCAUUACGUCAUAGUUCCUUGCGUCUGACUGAAGAAGCCAUUAUGGAAAUGGCAACCACUCUUAUCAAUAGCAAGUAUGAAGACUGCAACAUAGUAGGGUUGAAUUCUUUCUGCAAGCUUAACCCGACACCAAAGGCUAAAUCUGACUUUUGGAAAGUCAAGUAUGAUCAUGAGGCUGCCAAGAAAGCUAGAGCUGCUGCGAUAGCCGCCAAGCAAACCGUCAGAAAAUCGAAGAAGAAGCCAACCGCCUCUGAGUUACUCAAGCUGGAUGACACCUCUGAGUCGGAGGUAGCCCUUGACUCUCUUGGUCUGCUUUUUAACCACCUUAUUGAUACUGACUAUUGCCAGGAUGACAUGGGGGCCAGCCAGGCAGUUGAAGAAGAGGUAAAUAUUAAUUCCUCCAACUCAGAACCUUUACUAAGGCAGACACUUCGGCGGGUAACCCGGAAAGUAAGGUUUUCACACCCCUUGGCUUAUUUAGAUCCUCAUUUUCUUUUGAAACGACAGCAACAUGAGAGCCGCCGGCAGACCCAGACCGGUGGAGAUGACGAUUUACCUUCCGGCUUACCAACACUACACAAAAAUACACUUCCGUGAUGAUACAUGUUUGUCACAGUAGGUCGCGUUUUUUGUCAUGCAUGUACAUCCAUGACGAUUUUAUGACAGAAUCAAGAUAGUCAUACAACCAUGACGAUAAAUCGCGCGUCACAGAAGUGCUUUCGUCAAGGGUGACCGACACGUGGCAUCCACC